AUGACUACUCCAACGCUGAUCAACCUUCCACCUCCACCUUCAGACCCCGUCACACCAUCAGAUAUGGGACCUGGCACGCCAAACUCAGGCCUCUCAGCCCUAUCAACAACGGCCAUUAAAGACGGCCACCAAGGCGCACCAUUCCCCCACGCCCGUCACGCCCACCAAUCCUCCUCAGCCUCCACAUCCUCAACAACAACCCUAGACGCCGAGCGCGCCGAUCGCAUCUCCCGCCUCGCCGGUCUAGAACGAGUAGCAACAGCCCGAGCCGGCGGCAACUACUCCUCCCCCGCCAACGCAAAUGCGAAUGCAAAUGCAAACGCAAAUGCAAGUUCCACCUCCUCCGCACCCCAGACACACAUGCCCGGCGCCGCAGCGUCGUACGGCUACUUCGACAGUCCCGCAACGUUGAAAGAGCGCAGUACCGUCGGCAGCGCAAGCGCUACGGGUAGUCUGGGCGGUAAUACGUACACGAGUACAUGGGCCAGCGGCAGUGAAGCUUACGAGGAUAAAAUGAGCGAAGACCCGGAUCCGAUGGAUCGCGAUCACGACGAUGCUGUCUCGAGCUUUAGUAAUGUUAGUGAUGAGGGGAAUGCUAGUCUUGUUGGAUUCGGUGAGGGUGCGAGUAGUACUAUCAGUGGUCCUACUUCGCGGCCGCCGCCUGGUCUAAAUCGGAUGUCUUCUGGUGCUGGUGGUGCUGGUGGUGCUAGACCGACGUCGAUGAGUUCGAAUGUUAGUCGGUCUAAUCCCCUGGCGUCGUAUUUGCAGCAACAGCAGCAGACGCAGCAGCAGAAUCCGUCGCAGUUGUAUCAGCAGCAGCAGACGCAUCAGAGUUAUGCGGGUGAUAAUGGUAUGUCGCCCUCGCCUGCUGGGUCGAAUACACCUGAGCCGAUGGAGGAUGCGCGCAUGGUUGAUGGGAUGACUUUUGAUAAUGAUGUGGUUGAUACUACGACUCGAACUCCUCGUCUUGCUACGCCUCUUGAUCGGGGUAGUGAGGGUGGUGGUGGUGGUGGUGGUGGGUUUGGGACUCCGGGUCAUGAAUAG